AUGAGGUAUGGACUGGGUGGGUUCCCCUACUUUUGUCUGAUCUUCUUCCUACAACCCAGCAUCUUGCAAGGGCUUGACAUCCUGGAUUCAGGGCAGGUGGUGUACAUAGAGCUCCAGACCAAAAGAGUAGUAGGGGAGACUGUGAUACUGGAGUGUGGUUCUACGGUGCCAGAUGUCUAUAUCUGGGGCUACACCAUCCCGGGCACUGAGCACAUACGUGCGGUCGUCUUCAACUUCGGCCAGGGCCCAAAGCUGCAGUCACUGGCCAAAACCCUGGGCGAUUUGAACGUCAUCACAAAUACCGCCUCUCUGUUGAUCGAGAAACUUCCCCUGGCCGCACAGGGGCUCUACACCUGCCAAGCCCUCUACGACACCCCCCAGGGUGCCAAGCUCAUUUAUUACUAUGUCCAGCUACUUGUUCUCGUGCCAGUGUCCAAACCACACCUUCUGGUCGAUGACAGCUCACCGGUGGAGGGUACACCCAUUUGGAUGCGCUGUAGCCUAGAGAAUGGCAGCACACCCAUCAAUUACAAAUGGGAACACAAGAGCAGUGAUGCUGAAGCCACUACCACCACAAAGGUUGCUGAAGGCAACAUAAACCGAGUCAAUAUCACCAGUGUCAACCGCAACCACACGGGCUGGUACUGGUGCCUGGCCACAAACGAAGUCAACCAACAGCGUAGCGAUGGCAUCUGGCUGGAGGUCUUAUUUGGCCCCGAUGUGCCUCGCAUCGAUGUCACCCCGUACUCGGUGACUGAGAGGGGGUACUCGGCCGUCGAGAGGACCACCGUUUCCCUCAUGUGCCAGGCUUCUUCCAACCCACCCAGCCAGUAUGUGUGGUUCUACAACAACUCGCAGGUCCACACAGGCCAGCAGUACAACAUCACCAAGAUACUGCGGAUGCACUCCGGUCACUACUCCUGCCUGGCCCAGAAUUAUUACCUCAACACCAACUCCAAGACCACCAUCACCCUCUACGUCUACUAUCCACCCAAUGGAAGUCCCACUUGUACUAUUCGACCAACCAACAAUUACACAGACGUGGCCCUCUGGUGCUCCUGGGAAGGAGGUUAUCCUCCAGCUUCUCUUUACUGGUCCUCUCCUCUCAUCACUCCAAAUGGAACAGCACCAUCCUUCACCAACACCACCCUGGUUCAUCCUGGAUCCACAACUCCACACAACUCCACCUUCACCUGCCAUGGAUCUCAUGUGGCAUCACCAGCCUCCUACAGCUGCAGCACAACUGCAUUGCUGCCCCUUGGCGAACCCCAAUGCUAUGUACAUCCCACACGUAACAAUGAGUAUCUGAUACUGUCCUGCUCCUGGGAGGGAGGCUUCCCUCAAUCUCUGCUCUGGUGGGAAUCAGACGAUGGGGUCACGCAGGGCAACUUCAAGGAGAGCAUGAACAUCCUGAUCCUCCGGUCAAGCGUCACGUUCAGCGGGAAGGCUUUUGUAUGCCAUGCCAAGCAUCCACUCGCACUUGCCACCAAGCUCUGUCCUUUGAGACUGGAGGCCCCAGUUCUUGCAACUCAGCUUAAAGUGGUGUCUGUCUAUGAGGGCAACGAUGUCCAACUAUCAUGCAUCCUGAAGGCCAACUAUCCUGACACCGAAAUCACCUGGUUCAACAACCAUAAGAAGCAGGUGGGCGACACUCCUAGCAAAUACCUGCUGUACCGCGAGGCCACCUGGUCUAACUUGACGGUCCGAGAGGCAGAUGGAGUGCAGGACAGCGGCCAGUACUGGUGCUCAGCCAGCAAUGCUGUGGGAGGCGCUGAGAUCCCCAUCACAGUUCUCAUCAAGAGAUACCCGGUUCCCCCAAACGUGACCAUCAGUAAGAUCAAAUACAGCAGCCAUCAGCGCACAGAAGUAGACUUGCAGUGGGCUGUCAAGGAGACAGGCAACCUGACCGGGUUCAUCGUGGAGGGGUUGAGAACACAAGGGUCACAGGUCAAAGAGAACAAGACAUCUUUCUGGGUGCAGAUGGUCACCAGUAUCCUGCCAGAUGGUCGCUACCACAAGCUGGUUGGAUUGGACCCCACCUCCAUCUAUGCCUUCCGCAUUCUGGCCAUCAAUCACCGCACCCUAGGAUACCCUUCAGAAGUCAAGUCUCCAGAGGACCCACCCUUCAAUGCGUACCCCACCAUCAUUGGUGCUGUGGUCAGUACCAUGGUACUGGCAACUGUGGGCUUCAUGUUACUCUUCUUGUAUAUCAUGAGGAUCCGAAACGGCAAUUCUCGAUUUCAUCACAUAUUCUUUGGAAUGCAGCACAGUCUUUCAAGGGAGAACAUAAACUCCCCAGAGGAUGAGGUUGUCAGUAUGUCCCAAAGAGAAGGACCAGCUGUGGUGUCAGGAGGGUCCACCUCUGCACCCGAAGGAGACACCAGUGAGCCUGUCGGUGUGACAAUAACAGCAACAACCACAACCUGA